UAUUGAUAACAUGCGCACAUGGUGCCACUGCAUUAAUACUUUCUCUCUAUCACCCUCUCCCUCCCUCCCUCUCUCUCUCUCUCUCUCACACACACACACAAAAAGUCUUGCCCUUUUCUUUCUCUCUCUCUCUCUAGGCUGCCGUUAUUGAGUGCUUGAUCCUCUCUUGUCUCUCUCACACACUACACACAUUAAAGUGAAUUUCCUGAGAAUAUGGAUGUUCAAGCCAACAAGAUCGCUGCCACUUCUGCGGGGCAUGAGGGCCAUGGAGUGCACCAUUGCCGCAGAUGUGGAUGGCCUUUUCCAAAACCACAUCCUAGUUCUAAACACAGAAGAGCUCACAAAAGGGUUUGUGGAACAAUUGAAGGCUACAAAAUCAUUCAUUCAGAAGACCAUGAUAUUUCAGAUGAUGACCAUGCCUCUGAUGACGAUGAACAUCACACCCCAAGUCCAAAUAUUGUAAAGAAAGAUGCUGAGAAAAGUAGCGGAGUAGGUGAGAAGUCGGCUAAAUCGGAAGAUGAUGUGUUUUCUGAUGCAGCAAUGGAUUUUUCAGACAGUGGGAUUAGUCCUAAGCUAGAGGCGCGCUUUGAGAGCGUGAGGGAAUUGGGCAAGAGUUCGGAGGAUAAGAGUGUGGAACUGGAUGGUGAUCUUUAUGGGAGUGGAGAGUUGGAGAUCGAGGGAGCUGCUGAAACAACUGAACAAUCCAAUGAUGCAAGGAGCGAGGAAAUAAGAAAACCCGGACCUCUCUCAAACGGAAGUAGCCACCCAGACAAUGUCAUGCCAAUAACAGAUACUACUGCAGAAAUGGUUCCUGUCGGAGUCUUAAAUGAUUCACAGCCUGAACAUGGUCUUGAUCUUGAAGGUGAGAUGAUACGCGGACAUGGUGCUGAUAUCCAAGUGCAAGAACAGAGCUCAGCUUCUGUUGGACUCUUAAAUGAUUCACAGCCUGAACAUGGUCUUGAAGGUGAAAUGAUACGCGGACAUGGUGCUGAUAUCCAAGUGCAAGAACGGGACUCAGCUUCUGUUUCUUUGGACCCUGAAGAAGGUAAAGUUUUGGAUCAAACAAUAGCAGCAGGUGAAAGUCAGGAUGAAUCAUGUGAUAAGUUUGUUUCUGAAGGGGCCAAAGAUGAUUCACCCCCUCCAUCUGAAUCCCUUCAAACGGAUGCUUCUGAUGAGGUUAAUAGUUUGGUCCAUUCUGCCGAAAGAAGUACCUCCAUCAAGACAGCUGAGGCUGCCCUCGUGGAUGAGACUCGUGAAAGCUUAGAUGCUUCUGCUGUGAAUAAGGAGGUCUCUCAUGCUACUGAAAACAUUGGGUCCACUGAAUCUGCUUAUGAAUAUGCUUUACCUGAGGAAAGUCUGUUGAGUAUGUCUUUGGUUAAGCCUAACGAGAGCACAAAAACUUUAGAUAUUACUGAGCACUCUGAUGCGGCUUGUACUGUCUCCUCGAUUGACAAAGAAGAAAUGCCAAAAACCAGCUUGGAUGCAAGUGGCGGAAACGGAGAGAAGUCUGACAUGACUGGUGGUUAUGAAAGUCAAAACCAAAGCCUGGAAUCUAAGAACUUGAAUUCUGUUGAUACAAAUUCAGCCCUUGGCUCCACAGGUAAUGCUAUUCCAUGUGAAGAUGUUAACACUACAGUGGGAAAGAAAGAUGUGGAUCAUUGUGAACAAAACACUAACAUCACAACUUUGGAAACUGGGAAUGAAAAUGGUGGAGUUUCUGCAGAAGUAGAAGUAAUCCCUGAUUCUACAAUGCCUUCAGAAAAACAGACCGACUUUCCAAGUUCAUGUGUUGUUGAUGGUGAUGUAAAAAGUUUACAAGAACUAUCGGAAAACAAUUCCAGUUCUUUGAAAUUCAAGGAUGAUGGUUUUGAGAAUUCCAUUGAGGGAGAUGGUGCAGAUGAUUCUGCUGGAGCAGGUUCCAAGGCGAAUGAAGUUGGUGAUGCCCUAGACAAGAGUUCCUCCCCCAAAUCCUCCUUGGAACACCAGAAUAAUGUUCCUGUGGCAACGAAAGUUGUUGAAGUUGAGCCUCUAGAUGUUGCUGAAACUGUUUGCAAAUUAGAAGAUGAUAAUGCAGUUUUAGUAUCAGCAGAAACCCCCGAACACUCAAUAUCAGAAGAAUCUACACUGCCACUCUCUGAUUCAGUGUUGUUGAGUGAAAGCAAUGCUAAAGACGGUAGCAGCAUCGGAGAAGAUUAUAAAGUAUCAGAAUCAUUUGCCAACGCUGAAGUGGCUGCUGAAGAUCAUGAAAGCAAUGUUGGGUCGAGGGAAAUUUCAGAAAGCCCGACCCCACAUGUGCAAGGAACUUUCCCCACAAGCACGUGUUUGAAUGUUACUUCAGCGGAUGCUAAGCAGCUGCAUUCUAGUGAUGAUCUUAGCACAUUGAAGUCUGUUGACAUUAUUACUAGUGCUGAACACUCUUUUGAUGGUAAGGUUUUAAAAUCAGAUGAAUGUUUCGAGUCUUCUGAAGCUCCAAGUUUAAAACAGCCAAUACCUUCACCUUCACCGUCAGAGAUUGAAGAUUUUCAUGAAACUUCUGAUACUGUUGAUGAUAAGUCUGUCGUUAUUGUUGAAGAUGUCACUAGGGUCGAUCCAAAGUCUGUGAAUACUGAUGUUGAUUGCAAGCCGACUAGGCGAACAGAUGAUGCAUCUGCAGUUGACAUAUCGGCCAGUAGUUUAGCUAGCCGGUCUGACAGUCUGGAAGCGAACUGUGGAUCAGUAGUUUCAGAUACAUUAGAAACGAAUUCUCAGAAGCACAAAAUUCAUUCCAACAAAUCAGAUACAUUUGAGCCUCCAUCUUUCAUGACUUUGGUUCAAUCUGGGAGUGAAGGAGAUCAGGUUACUGCUGCUACAGAGAUUGAGACGGUGCAGAGCAAUCAACAACAACCGAAAUCUGAUGCUCUUCAAGCUGGCUGGUUCCCUUCUCUAACAAAUGUAGUCAAUGAAUCCGAAGGCAGAAAGAAAAAUGAGGAGAUAAUAGCCAAAGUUACAAACUGGAGCCCGGUAAAGCAGCAGCACAGCCCUCUGAAAAGUCUUCUAAAUGAAGUCAAGUCACCAAACACGAAACAAGCGCCUGUUGCAAACCAGAAAGUCGAGGCUGAGACUAAAGAUGACAAUGUGGGUUCUGUUGCUGCUACAGAAACACACACAACCAAGGAUCAGGAUACUAUCAAGCACGUCGAGGAGUGGAACUCUCCAGCAAGAUACCCGAUUGAGAUCAAGAAAGAGAAGAAGAAGGGGCGACCGUUUUGGGUUCCAUUUGUAUGCUGCUCUUCUGCACAUAGGGACCUAUGAUCCCUUAAUCCCUCUCUAUAUUUGAUCGUUGUGUGUGUUUACAGUUAAGUAUUGAUUAUCAUUAUCCAAAUUGUGGAGUAAUCAGUGUGGUAUAUAAUCGUUGGUUCUAGCCUUCAUUUGAGAUGGCUUUGGUUGUAUGUAACUCGAAAUUAAGAAAUCCUUUUUUGUCUUGGAA